UGUUUUUUUCUUUAAGCCCAAAAGUGACUGUAGCAAGCAAAAAAUAAAUCUGUCUCUGCUGGGGGAGCCAGUUCCCCUCUGGACCAAUACAUAAAUGUAAUGGAAACCAAUGCAAACCAUUAAAUCCUAAUGGAAUAUGGCCCAACACCCACAACACUUGUAAUGGUAUUUGUUAUGGAAACCAAUAGAUUUUUCAUCAGGGAUGUGCAAUUGUUUUCAAUAUCUAUUGUGUUUUUUUUCUCAGGCUAUGAUCCGGCUUGUGUGACUACUACAACGCUGCACAUUUACAUCAACAUUUCUAUUAGAUCACCUCUCUUUCUUCAGGGCAGAAACGAGGAGCUAUGGAAGAGAAAAGUUCAAAAAGAGGAGGCUGAUGAAGCACGGAAUCUAAAGGCAUCUUAUGAAGCAAGGACGGACUUGGCCAUGAGUUCUGCUAUCAAAACACGAGAUUAUUCACGAUGUAUUUAUAUAGGCCAGUUACCCAAACCUACUGCCAACAGUUCUCAAGUGACAGUCUUCACCACAGUCACUCCAAAAUUGAACAGUAGUCCACCACCUCCUGGCGAAGCCCCUCACAGGAAAGGAUUCUAUCCUGAAGACCUCUUUACAUUGGAACAACGGAGGCACGGUUGGGUUCUUCUUCAUAUUUCUGGCAUGGUUUAUAUGUUUUUUGCCUUAGCCAUCGUAUGUGAGGAAUUCUUUGUUCCAGCUCUUGGAAUCGUUACGGAAAAGCUCCACAUCCCAGAAGAACUCGCAGGAGCCAACUUCCUGAUCUCAGGGGGCUUUGCUCCGGAGUUCUUCACCUCGCUCAUCGGUAUCUUUCUCUCCCAUAGUAAUGUGGGUUUUGGAGCCAUUGUGGGGUCAGGAUUUUUCAACAUUCUCGUUGUUAUUGGCAUGUGUGCUUUGUUCUCAGAGGAGAUGCUUAGUCUGGCUUGGUGGCCACUACUUAGGGAUGUCACCUACUACACAUUUGACCUGCUAAUGCUCAUUGUGUUUUUCCUGGAUGACAUCAUCACCUGGUGGGAAAGUGUACUGCUACUGCUGGGAUGUUUGGCAUACGUGGUCGUCAUGAAGUAUGAUGGGCUUCUAGAAGGAACAGUUAAAUUGUACCUUCAAAAACACGACAACAUUGCUAAAGUUCUCGCCAUUGAUGACCCUGAAGAGUUAAGGCCUGAUGUGUUCAGAGGAGGCGGUUCAGAUAAUCUGCGUAACUGCACGUCACGAAACACCAUCUAUCAGCUUAUAAUUCACGCCACCAACCCCUUCAGAGAAGGUUUGUUCAAGAGGAAAGCAGAAGUGAAAUCUGUGCAGGUGUCAAACCCAGCAGAACCCUCCAAAAUGAGCGAUGAAGAACAACAGAGUUCAGAUUCUGAGGCGUCUGGGGGCUCUGAGAGCGAGGAAGAUGAGGAUGAUGAGGAUGAUGACAGCAGCAGCAGCAGCAUUCAGGGGGAUGACAGUGAUGCCUCUUAUGAUGAAGAUGAAGAUGAAGACGAUGAGAAUGUUAAUGAGCCGCUGUCUCUUAAAUGGCCGGAACGGGAACACAUUCAUGUUCCAUAUGUUCUGUUGUUGCCCAUCACCGUCUCGCUGUGCUUUACUCUCCCUGAUGUCCGCAAACAGGCCUCCAAAAAACAUUUUGUGGGAACGUUUCUUGGUUCCAUCCUAUGGAUCGGGGUGUUCUCCUAUUUCAUGGUGUGGUUGGCUCAUCGGGUGAGUGAAACAGUUGAUGUAUCUGAGGAGGCAAUGGGUCUGACCAUCCUAUCAGCGGGCAUCUCUCUACCUAACGCCAUCACCAGUGCUAUAGUGGGACGGAGAGGAUUGGGUGGCACGGCUGUGUCCAGAUCCGUGGGCACCAAUGUGUUCGACAUUACUGUCGGGCUGUCAGUGCCGUGUUUGCUGUAUUCAAUGUUCACUGGUGGUCGUGCCGUGUCAGUCAGCAGUACUGGCCUCUUCUGUGUCACUGCAGUGCUCUUCCUCAUACUGCUGACUGGCGUCGCCUCCAUUGCUGCUUUCAAGUGGAGAAUCAACAAAACGUUCGGUCUCAUUAUGCUCAUGUUGUACCUUCUCUUCCUGUUUCUCAGUGUGCUGCUAGUGUGAAUGAGUUUAGUGUGAGCUCGUUUACUGAUCUAUUUCAGUCUAUGCCUGAAAAGCAAGACAGACGAAUUCUAAGGCAAACAAAAUCAGAUUUUUUUUGGGGUGUAUCCAACUCAAAUAUUUGAAUGCAUUUAACUCAAAUUGUCCAUCGACAUGUUUUGCUGACUUUAUUUUCCCAUUUGUGAUACUUUGUACUUAUAGCCUCAUUUUUAUGUUUCAUUAAAUAAACAAAGACUAUUAACUGCCUCAUUUCUGGAGAAGAAAAAAAUCACAAUUAUUAACAUCACACAUCAACAUGUAACAAAAGAAGUAUAAUAGAGAGGAAAAAAGAUCAGUUAGCUAGAAACAUUUAACAAUAGAGGUGUUCAGCCGUGACUUCAAUUUGUAGGCGAACCCGAAGUGUAAUUCGACUUGGGUUCCCUCAGGAUUUUCCUAUGGGUGUUUAUAAAGGGGUUUUUGAACUUAUGUGUAAGAUAAUGUCUGUGGUAAACAUUACUUGAUGACAUGUGGCAAGAAAAAGUAUGUGAACCCUUUGGAAUGAGCUGUUUUCUGCAGUAAUUGGUCAUUACAUGUGAUCCCAUCUUCAUCAGUCAC